UUGUAAUUGUUAAUUAGUUUCUCAUUGGCCUACAUCAAUACAUGAAAAUUGUUACCGUGCUGAGGAAAAAGAGAGAGGAGAAUGGAUACAACAGAAAAUGUCGAGAACACGGUUGAUCAACUUUUACAUCCGGAACAGAAUUCACCACAAGGCAAGUUCGCCACAGGAAAUCAAGUUUCACAACAAACUAACAACAAGAAAGACAAACAAGCAACUAUGAAGAAACGUGGAGCUGUUCGAAUGGCAGGUUUCCUAUUUUGGAUAAAUCUCGUAGGCGUACUGUUGUUGCUUGUUGGGUUUGUUGCCCCUGGUUGGUUGACAAUUAAAGCUAAUCAGAGAUUGCACAAAAGUUCAUAUGCAUUAUAUUAUGACAGUGAAACUCCUAGCUAUUUACACAAUGUGUACCAGGACUAUGCUCUAUGGUAUGUCACUCAGUGUUAUGAGCACGACGGCAGGAACACUGUGUGUGAAACGAUGACGUACCGAACGAUUGAUGGUAUUUAUGGAGAAGACAAUACUAAUUAUGAGAAGAUUGAAAUAGGGGAAAUGGAAAAAGUUGGAGACGAUCGGUUCGUGUUUCAUGGUGCAGGAUUAGUUUUAUUCUUGUUGGUGCCUGUGUUCAUGUUUGCCGUGGUACGCGGAGAUCUAAGAGAAAACGAACUUUCUGUGAAAUUUUACGACUCGUUAGGGUCUGCGUUUGCGGGAUGUGGAGGAGGGGUGAUGGCAUUGAUCGCUAUUACUAUAUUUUUGCAACUAGUAUUUUGCAGAAAUCAAGACGCCUAAAUCUUCAGCUGCAGGGAUGAAUCUGGCCCACCUAUACAAGUUGUGGACGACUAGGCUGUGGAUAUAAAAAAGGACAAACAUCCCUGUAGGCUAACACAGUAAAACUACCAUUGCUUUUGUUAAAACAAUUCGGAGUUUGUUCGAGCGCAGAUAUUGAAUGUGUUAAGAUAUAGAAGAGGUUUGUAAAUCGAAAAACGACUUUAUUUUUGUUAUUGAUGCAUAAACUUAUUUUUUUCAGUCAUAUUCCAUGCAGAUAUUUCAGGAAUUCACUUAGGACAUGUAACCUUUUCAGUAGUUCGAUAACACAUUGAAAUCAUCCUGAUAAUUCAUUGAAAAGCAAGAACCAUGUUUUGAAUUUCACGAAUAUCAGCGCGCAAAUGUCUUAGCAAUAUUUUGCAAUGACUAAGCUUAGUAAGUUAAUACUCGUCAAUAGUUGUGCAAUAUUUAUCUUUUAGUUGUCCAAUAUUUAUCUUAAGUUGUCAAAUAUUUAUCAUAAGUUGUCCCUAUUGUCUUAUGAAAAAUGGCAAUGUACAUGUACCUGUGUGCAAUUGUACUCAAGUUAUUAGUACGAUGUUGUUUUAAAUAUUAUUACCUUGUAAAGAGUAAUGGUGCUGCCUGGAUAGUUUUCAUUUCACACAGCAUAUAUUCCAUGUGUCUACAAUUAUAUUGAUUUAUAACUUUUAAGUAGAGCAGUUUGUACAUGCAUGGUUUUGACUGUAUAAAAGUUUAGAUUUUUUUCUCAAUCUGACUAAAGUACUUCUCUAAACGAAGAUCUGAGGAUGACCUACUUACAUUUAUCUUUUUGUAUAUUUGGAUUUCCGAUAUUGCUAUGUUUAUUUUCGUAAAUCUACUUUUAUUAGAACUAAUCAGACGACUCAUUUCAACAAGCAUUUGGCUGAACCAUCAAAAUAGCGUCGAAUGUCACAGGGUGAGAAAAAAUGUGCAGGCAGUCCGGGGCUCGAACCCGGGACCACUCGCUUACAGGGCGAGUGCUGUACCAACUGAGCUAACCGGCUGCCUUACACAUAUUCUCCCCUUACGUGACCAAGUCCGUACCGUGACAUAUGAUACCUCUCAAAAUACGAGGGUGCAGUUAUGGUGUGGUCGUUGUAAUAAACAUGAAAAUACCAGGCUAAAUAUAGAUUUUUUAAACUUCUACUUUCACUUUCAAAAUGUUGAAAGCAAGGCUCUAAUUGGUUAGCGGAAGUGUCGUCAGAACGAGUCUAUCAUGAGCACGUCUCCAAAUCCAAAGCGUAGCGUUAAUUGGUGAUGUACUUUAGUCAGAUAGAUUUUUUCUAAUAUUUCGUGCUGAUAGUAUUCCUAUGUUUUUUUGCCCUUCCAUAUUUUCAUUGCAUAAAAUUUUAAAGUAAAACGUAGAAUAACUCAACACGUUGAUUGUGUUGAAGUGCUUUAUUUUUAAUCAUGAACUGUACAAACGAAAAAAUUAAAGCUUUAUGAAUACGAUAAAUCUUGUUUCAUGUAUAGACUGUAUCAACUAGAGUAAUACAUGUAUUGCUUUUUUUUGUGGUGUUUUUACAUUCACGAGGAAAAUUUAUGAGUGUGACCUUCUGACUGUUUUAUACCAUCAAAAUUCAUACGUUUGUGACUAGAUCUGUUUAGAUCAGGAAGCUGAAGGUUUUGGUUUUUGCCAAUUUGCAUUGAUUUAAUGAAACAGGCGUUGAGCCUGAUACUAUUUAUACCUCUAUUAUCUACUCAAUGAUAAUUGUCUUCUUUUUAUAUCGCCUUAUAUAUAAUUUUACAUUGUCAUUUUGUCUUUAAAUAGUUACUAUUUUUACUUUAAACUUUGUUAUCCAGUCAAAUAUUUUACGUUGUUGUUUUUUUAGCUUACUGGUCACUUAAGGACAAAGUGAGCUUUUGUGAUCGCCCUUUGUCCGUUCGUCGUCGUCUGUCAACACUUUGUAAACGAUUUCAAUCAAACUUGCACACAGCUUGUAUUGGUAUAAUAUCUCCAUUCCUUACGAAAACUGGCCAGAUCCCAUCUGAGAGUUAUGGUCUCUUAAAUGGCCAAAAUUUGCUAUUUUGGCUAGUGACAACGGUAGAGACCACAUUUAAUCAAACUUGCACACUACUUGUACUGGCAUAAUAUCUUGGACACUUACGAAAACUGGCCAGACCACAUAUUAAUGGGUUUCAGAAUUAUGGCACCUUAAAGGGCCAGAUUUUGCUGUUUUAGCUUUUGAAGCCAUAUAAAGACUUUAUUUAUGGUUUGAUUUGAUACAAACUUACACACUUACACACAAUACGAAAAGGUUUCAUUUAAGCUAUAAUUUGGUACGAACUUGCACAGAAUGUUUGUCUUGGUGAUAUCUAGGCGGGAUUCGAAACUGGUUCAUGUGGGUUAAAAACUAGGUCACCAUGUCAAUAAAAAAAAGCUUGUAAACACCCUAGAGGCCACAUUUAUGACCCUAUCUUAGUCUAUGCUUAAUUUAUUUUAGGUCGGUUGUGUAGGAAGUUCUACAACUUAUAUUAGUCGCUCUCUACACCUCAUUCCUGAUCGAAUCCAUCGCCACGAGGGUAUGAGGCCAGUUCCCCUUUAAAUGCUGAGCGCCAAGCAAGGGAGCUACUGCAUGGUACCAUUUUUCAUGUCUUUGGUAUGGCGCGGCCGGGGAUCGAACCCAGGACCUCCCGCACUCGAAGAAGACGCUCUACCACUAGGCUAUCGAGGCGGUUUUAUCCAAUCUUCACGAAACUUGGUCAGAAUAUUUUAACUUGAUGAUUCCUAGGCCAAGUUCGAAACUGGGUCAUGUGGGGUCAAAAACUAGGUCACCCACUCAAAUCCCACUCAAAUCAGAGGAAAAUCUUGUUAACACUCUAGAGUUUUUAUGACCCUACCUUCAUGGAGUUUGGUAAGAAUGUUUAUCUCCAUGAUUCCUAGGCUAUGUUCGAAACUGGGUCAUGUGGUUAAAAAACUAUGUCACCACUCAAAACAAAGGAAAAACUUGUUAACACUGUAUAGGCCACAUUUAUGACCACAUCUUCAUGCAACUUGGUCAGGAUGUUUAUCUUGAUGAUUCUAUGGCCAAGUUAAACAGAUGAGCGAUAUAUGGUCAUCAUGACCAUCUUGUUGUUAAUAGCUUGUCUGAUUUUUAAACAAUAAGAUUAAAAUCUACGAUGUUUUGUUGUCACCUGAUCGUCGGCGUUGAUAUCAGCGUUGUUUAAGAUUUGUUUUCUUCUUUCAGCUUUCCUCUACACCUGUAAGAGCUAUAGCUUUGAAUCUAUGCAGAAUCUGUUUUGUCAUUAUUAGUUGAGUUUGUAGGCCAAGAACCAUAACUCUGAUAGAUAUUUUGUAAGAAUUAUGGCCCUUUAUCAACUAAGGAAAUCGGAAUUUCUUUAUAAUUCUUUUGUGUAUUCCAUUUUUCUUAAUAAAUACUAUAGGAGAAAGCUUUGAUACAUUUCAGACAUUCCUGUCACCAUUAGGCGAGUAUGUAAGCUAACAUUCAUAAUUCUUACUUGCAUCUUGUCAGGAUUAAGGCCCUUAAAAGGUUUGAGGUCAAGAACCUUAACUCUGAUAUGCAUUUUGUCCAUAGGUACCAAUUUCAGCUUAAACAUCCAGAUUUGCUUUAAAUACAUGUUUAUAAAGGCAUAGUUAUAAUUCAGCUGAUAUAAACAAAGAGAUUCUUUAAGCAGUACACGGUUAAGAUAUACUUUUUAUAGUUAUUUGUAAAGGAUGUUAAAGGACACGAGUAGCGAAUGUCAUAUGGUAUUGAAUUCCAAACAUUUGCACCAAUGUAACAAAAUGAAUCAGUAAAAUAAAAUAAAACUGUCACAAUU